GCCCAUUUUGCCUUUAGAUCCCGCUGGCAGAAGACCGAUGACGAGCUCUGUCGACAUAGCAUGUCCUUUAUCCUGCACAGAGCCAUAAGGAAUGACUUCUUUCAGUGCUACCUCUACCUGCUGGAAAAAAUUCCCCUGGGACAAAUGAGCUUGUACUCUAUUGCUCUUUUUGUAACAAGCAAACAGUUGGAGGUCUUGGAAUUCAGCUCAUAAUGCAGGAACUUUCAGGAAGGGAGUACCUGGGCGUAGCCAUGAUAGCUCAUAUCUUUGUUAGCAAAAUAUAUCUGGCAUUUAGGUGGAGAUGAAAACUCAAGCCUGCAACCAUGAAAGGCCACCUAUCGAGAUUGAUUCCUACUGAGCUGGAAGUUCACUUGUGGUCUAAAUGUUGCUGGCAUCAUGACCUGUUCUCAUUUCGAGAUCAAAGUUUGUGAUAAACUGCACCAACCAGUUGAUUUAAGCAGGUGAUGAUGAGUGUGGCUGCUUUGCUGCUUUGUUUGGAACAUGCAGAGCAUGGAGCUGUGGCUUUUCAGUGAUACCAGAACAGCAAAGUGGGCAAACCCUGUAAGCUGUAAUUUCCUAGCCUGAUUUUAAAAAACUCAAAAUUUGGAAAGGUCAUGUUACUGUGUUAGUGAUGCAGGACUUUUGUCAGCCUUGUUGAAUUUAUAAGCACUUUUUAUGGUACCUGGUGUCUACACAACACCACUAAGUGCUACAGAGGGGGAUUGAUGUAGGUCAUUGCUCCUACUCUGUUGGAAUCUGAGGACCCUACUUUAGAAGUUGUAUUUUCUCAGUCAGUAGCUAAUUUGUGAAGAUGAUAAAACUUAUAUGUAUUUAUUAAAACUUUAAAAAUAUUUGUAGAUUUAAAAUACCACUCUAUGUACAAUAGUAUGUAUGUGGAUAUAACAUAUAAUAUUGAUAAUCUCCAAAAAAUGACAUAUAUGUGAAGAACAGUUUUUGCCAUUUCAGGAAAUUCAUGAUCAAGUUUCAAACAGAUGGUUCUAGUUUCUUCAAAGUUGGAAAAUACUGCUGUAACUCUAUAGAUGGGACAUGUUCAUAGUGAUAUGUGAUGCUUAUUGAAUUUUUAACUUUUAGAAUAAAAAUUUGGUGCUAUGUAAUUGCUGUUUACUUCAGAGGCAAGUGGUACACCAGUUCAAUGCCAAAACCUUUCAGUUAUCUAAAGGAAAAUGUUCUUAGUUAAAGUUAAAUUGAUUUUUCUUAGAUUCCUGUCAAUCAAAAUAUUGCAUACUUUAGUUUGCUUCAUCCCAUGAUUAUGUUUUGAAAUAAUUGCAUGUUUUGCUUAGAGCUUUUAACUCUCUUUUAUUUUUGCCUAUUGAGAUGAAAACUGUAUUUUCCUCAAAAUAUUACUAAUGUCUUCUUAUUUCUGGGCUUCUUUGUCUAUUGUUUAGAAUCUACUCUGUGCUAUCUCUCAUAAAAUAAACUUGUUUCUCUAAAAGUAUGAUGAAUAACUAACUGUUACUUGGGUUUUUAGUUGGAUUUUUUGAUAAUUAAAUCAUCUUUUAUUGUGUGUCUUCUCUUGAUUUGAACCUUUACUGAGCUGGAAUAUAACUUCAAGAUACCUCUGAAGAAGAAGUUCCGAGGACCAAAGUAUUAUUCUGGAGAAAAAUAUCUUCUUUAACAAAUUAUGCCAAGAAACUAAUUAUGCAUGCACAGAAGAGUGAAGUAUACACAUCUUUUGAUAAAAAAAUGGAUUGAAAAUCUACGUAUGAAAACAGAAAUACUGAGUCUUCCAGAGUAUAAAAUAGUAAAAUUGUAUGCUUUAACAAGCCAAGUCAUCAAUGGUGAGAUGCAGUUCUAUGCCAGAGCAAAACUCUUUUACCAAGAAGUACCAGCCACAGAGGAAGGCAUGAUGGGAAAUUUCAUUGAACUAUCCCACCCAGAUAUCCAGGCCUCGCGGGAAUUUCUUAGGAAAUUUGUUGGGGGCCCUGGAAGAGCAGGAACUGACUACGCCCUGGACUGUGGCUCUGGGAUAGGAAGGGUCAGCAAGCACGUCUUGUUGCCAGUUUUUGACAGAGUGGAACUGGUUGAUAUGACGGAAUCUUUCCUGCUUGAAGCUCAGAACUAUCUUCAGGGCAAGGUGGACAAGGUAGAAAGCUACCACUGCUACGGCCUGCAGGAAUUCACACCCCCGUUCGGGAGAUACGACGUCAUCUGGAUUCAGUGGGUGUCGGGACACUUAACUGAUAAGGACCUGCUAGCAUUUCUUUCCCGGUGCCGAGAUGGCCUGAAAGAAAAUGGCAUCAUCAUACUGAAGGACAAUGUGGCACGGGAAGGCUGUGUCUUUGACCUCUCUGACAGCAGUGUGACCCGGGACAUGGACAUCCUCAGGACUCUCUUUAGGAAGAGUGGGCUGUUGGUUCUGGGCCAGGAAAGACAGCAGGGCUUUCCAGAGCAGUGCAUUCCUGUGUGGAUGUUCGCACUGCAGCGUGACAGACUCUCCUGAGCAGCGGAGAGUGUGGACAUCCAGAUGGGGAAGUGGUGCUUCGGGACAGGAUGCCUCCUGCAAGGUGCCUCUUGGAAUGCAAGCAGGCAUGGAGAGAAGGGAAGGGACUCAAUGCACGUUGGGAAAUGAUUGGUAAUGCAUGUACAGGUUUUUGGUGAUGACCUAAUAUACACGCGGAUAUACACAUACUUGGAAGUGCACAUCUGUAAAACUCUGGACUUUCUAAAAGACAGAGUGAAGCAUCAGGAAUAGUGCUGUAAGAAAUCGCUUGUAGAAUUAAAAAAUGUUAAGGAAGGGAAGGGAAUUGCAUGGACGGGAAGGGGCAUAGAUUGGGUAAUAGGAAGGUAGAUAUUAUAGAAGUACAUUAUUGGCAUGUACCAAAAUGCUGAAAAGAAACCAUUAUAUUGUUCAACUAACGUGCUAAUAAUAAUAAACAAAUAAAUUCCUUGUAUACACCUGAACUGUACAAAUAUGCAGACACAG